CGCAAGCGUAGCCCCUCCUGCAUGUGUGUUUUUGUUAGGCGUCCCGACGCUCGAUCGUAGAGGAAACAGCGGUGUUUUGUUUAUUUUCGAUUUAAAUAACUAAUUUUGGCAUUUCCGGCUAUGCCAGCCAGACGUAGACUAAUUACAGACACCUUUAAAGUGGUGAAGAAAGCAAAGAAUGAGGACACCCAUAGGAAGAAGGCUCCUCCAUCACCAGAACCAGAGCCUGAAACACCACAGUUGACAGAAAGAGAAAUGGAUCUGCUGGAACUGAAGAAGUUUGACUUGGACUGGCGGUUUGGACCGUGCACUGGUAUAAGCCGGCUUCAGCGUUGGGACCGAGCGGCCCAGCAUGGCCUGGAUCCCCCUCUGGAGAUCAGAGACCUGCUGCUGGACAGAGAGGAGGACCCAGACUACACACACUGUCUGUGGCGCGACUACCCUCUGUGAAGAAUGGUACGGAUGAGCCAAGAAGACAGAAAAUGAUUGUUCCAUUUUCGGAUGUUCUUUUUUAUACUUUUAUCACACUACAUUUUUUUCUAAAUAAAGACAUAAAAAUGUAAAAGGAUC